AUGUCAAUUUACCUCUGGCACUGUUACUCGGCUGUAAGGGCUACUUGGAAGCUACUUGUUGAAGGCGCAUCCAAGGUCUUUUCUGGUAUAUUUCCGCUAUUUUUCAAAACAUUCUCAUCCAAUCCUUAUAAGCCGAAUGAUCUUGAGUCCAAUGAUACCGUCGACGCUACCUCAAAAACUCUGGACUGCGUGGCCUAUACCUUACACCCAAUAUUUCAGUCUGAUCUGAAAAUAGUGGGAAUAGGAGCUUCUGGUCAAGUGUACGAGGUAGAUGAGGAGAUAGUUCUCAAGAGUUGCCGCCUUUUCAAACAACCCGGAAGCGACGCCUCUGACAACGACCGAUACCACUACGCUUCAGAUACUAUUUUUCUCUCGGGCUUGUUACAGGAUGAACGACUCGUUCUACGGCUACUUCAAAAGUGGCCACAUCCUCACAUCAUCGAAGCUAUCGACACUGAUCAAGUCGAGGGCAUAUUCCUUCGCAGGUAUCAGACGUUGCCGGAGGGUGCGAUGACCACACAGCCCACUCGAAUUAGGUGGUAUCGUGAAAUUACCGAUGCUCUUUGCCACAUCCACAAACUUGGAAUUGCUCAUGCGGAUAUAAGAAUUGACAAUAUCCUCCUUGAUAGCCAGGGCUCUGCUAUUAUUUGUGAUUUCAGUGCCGCCAGUCCGUUCGGUCAACCAAAUCUCGUUAUCUUGGACCUUCCACUUCCAGUGAACGGACCUUCGCCAACUCUUUCCGAGGCAACUGAUAUGUUCGCAAUGGGCUCGCUUAUAUUCCAGGUUGAGCAUGGAAUCAAACCUGGAUUUUCAGUUGACACAGAUGGUGAAUUGGUUUUGCCUGAGAUACACACCGGUCAUCAAGGCAUCGAUGUGAUUAUUCGAAAUGCUUGGCUUGGACACUACAGCCGCACCUCGGAGAUGCUAGAGAGCCUUCGUUCACUCGACAGUCAGAUUAGCCAAGGUGUUCUUGAUACCCAAAAUACCCAAACCCACCCAGUACCAACUGCUGCUUUGAAAGAGCGAAUCAGAAGAUGGAGAGAAAACCGCGAGAGAAAUAAUGGUAAGAACCGCCCGUUACCUGAAUUUACCUGA